CGCAGGGACUAUUAUAACUAUCUUCGCCGUUCACUGGGGUCACUGGGUCUAGAAUAGUUUGAAUGUCAAGUCAAUGAAUACAGGAAUAGCAUAUCACUGCAGCCGGAUAUUUAUACGUACAUUCUGUAUAUAAAAACUGAGAGGGAGUUAUAUUAAAAACGAAAUACAAGAGAGGCGCAAUGCUAUAUUGGCGACAGUGCUAGGAAACAAAAGAAAAAAUAUAUAAGGAUAUCAUAGAGAAAAUAACCGUCUUGUUUCAAUAGAGGUGAAUAUAAGAGGAUGAUAAACUUACAUUUUAAAACAUUAAUGCAUACUAAUAAUUAAAUUAAAGGAAAAUGAAGCUCUCUCAAAUAUUAGUUACUGUGACAGUUCUGAGUACAUUAAUGUGCAUAUUAAUAACAAGGAAAUUGACGCAUAAGUCUUUCGGCGAAACUACCAAUUUUAUUUCUAAAGAUGGGAACGUGGAUGAUAGGGAUGAUGUUACAGAAAAAAUCUUAAAAAUGACCACCGGUGAUAUGAAAAACAAUAUGAGUGAUUUAAAGACAAGCAUCCAGCAGAAUACUGUUGAUUUACCAACACCACAGAGUUGGUUCAAAUCAACGUACAUCAUUAAUGAGGAAAGCCUCUGUAGGAAUAAUAAUACAGACAUACUAUUCUACAUCCAUACUGCGCCGAAUCAUAAGAACCGCAGGGAUAUAAUUCGUUCAACCUGGGGAGGCAGAACGCAGUAUCGUGAUUACAAUAUUACAGUAGUGUUCUUAUUAGGACACAGCAAUGAUUCCAAAAUCAAUAAGGGCAUUCAUAAUGAAAGCACCAUUCAUCAUGACAUCAUACAAGGGACCUUCAGAGACACCUAUCUUAAUCUUACAUAUAAGGCUAGGAUGGGGCUAACUUGGGUCAACACCUAUUGCUCAAAUACAAGGUACAUUAUUAAGACAGACGAUGAUGUAUUUGUUAACAUUCCGAUUCUCAUUAAAACACUUGUGGAACUGGAGGAUAAGAAUAAGACAGAGAACCUAUUGAUGUGCAGGGUGAGACACGGAGGUGGAGUCAUCCGAGAUAAACGAUAUAAAAACCAGGUUUCAGAAGAUGAGUAUGAUGUUCAUGAUCCAGAUAUAUUUCCCGAUUUUUGCCCAGGGUUGGCAUUUGUACUUUCUAAGAAUGCAUUUAUAAAGAUACACGGGGCAUUGCGUCAAUACACGAGGUUUCUUUCUGUGGAUGAUGUUUAUGUAACAGGGAUACUAGCUAAGACGGCAGGGCUAAAGCACACAGACAGCACCAAAUUGACAGGGAUUGUAGGCCCUGGGGGAGCCAAGUGGGAAAAAUAUAGGGAUUUAGACAGAACAAGCUUAAAUCAAUAUAUGUUUAUUCUGGUAGAAGGAAAACCAGAGAGCUUAGGAGAACUUUGGAAAAAGUUGAAAUUUUAAUCAAUAGAGACUCCGCCUCGACAUAAUCUUAAAUAAAGAGUAGAAGAUGCACACAAAAACAAUAAAUACGCGGAGAGACACGCCUUCUUAAAGGGCGCUACAAGAGGCUUAAGACAGUGGUAUUAGUCUAUAUAUAACGUGCAGUAUUAUUACUUUUUUAAUUUUAAAACAUUUCUG